UCGAUGUCGGGGAGGCGGUCAACCUAAUCUUUCUGGCCCGGACAGAUGAGCGUACGAAGCAUCAUUUGAGCGGUUUGAUGUGCCCGCUCUGUUUGCCCGUCCGUCUGUGGAUGUCGAGCCGAACUUGGUUUCAUCUUCGUGCCGGACUCCUGCAUGAGAGCAGUCCAAAAUGUCGACAUGACGCGAGUGUCAUGGUCGCUGACUAUGUCUUCCGGUACACCGUGGCCGCAAAUCCAACCGGUGUGCAACAGGCGUGCCAGCUCGGGAGCCGUGGAGUAGUACUUGCAAGGGAGAAAAUGCGCAUACUUACUCAAAUGGUCCACAACCGUGAGGAUGCCGUCGUGCCCGAGGUGAUCGCGAGGAAAUGGUCCGGUGACAUCCAUGGCAAUGGAGAGGCCGAGUUCCUGUGGGAUAGGCAUCGGGCGCAACUUGCCGUAGGGAUUGCGAUUGCGGGGCUUGCUUCGCCGGCAAACUUCACAAGAGUCGCAAUACCGAGUGACAUCGGUAAUGAGGUCGGGCCAUCGGAAUCGUUGUCGAAGCCAUGCAAUAGUGCGGUUGACUCCGAAAUGGCUGGCGAGUCGCGAGUCAUGGUACUCCCCGAGAAGGCGAGUCCGAAGACGACGGUCUCGUGGGACACACAAUAAGUCCUUGCCUCUCGACUGGAGGAGCAAGUACCCGUCGGCAAUGCGAUAGUGGCUGGCCGGCAGGUGAUCCGAAGAUAGCUGCGCAUACAACGUGGCGAAGUCCGGAUCCGA